GGUGGCUCACCAACUCUUCCGAUGCUUCCAGUACCAGGAGGACAUGGGCCCCAGGGCGUCACUGAGCCGGUUGCGUGAGCUCUGCGUCCACUGGCUGCGGCCGGCCCUGCACACCAAGAAGCAGAUGCUGGAGCUGCUGGUGCUGGAGCAGUUCCUGAGCGUGCUGCCCCCGCACCUCCUGGGCCGGCUGCAGGGCCAGCCGCUCAGGGACGGGGAGGAGGUGGUGCUGCUGCUGGAGGGAGUCCGGAUGGAGCCCGGCAAUGUGGGGCCACUGCUCCCUGGGGCCCUGUGCUGUGGCCGAAUUCCCAAGACCAAGAACUGGCAACUGUAUUGGAAUCGUUGACCUUUGAGGAUGUUCCUGAGAAUAAGGCCUGGCUCGAGCAUCCACCAGGAGUAGGGAGCAGAGUUCCAGAGACCGAGGAGUUCAAACUGGGAAAGCGCCCAAGAGUGGCCAGGGGGCCUGCCACCUCGGGAGAGUCCCAAGCCAACAGUCCCCGGGCGGCCAACGGUCACUGCGCCCAGAAGGUCAACUUGAGCCCGGGGAUGGACGGCACGGGCGAUGCCGAGAGCCCGCCUGGCGGAGAUGAGGCGGCCAGGGACGGUGAGCGGGCAGUGCAGGUCAUCUGCACGCUGUGCGGGGCCAGCUUCCACCGGCACUCGCUCCUGGAGGCGCACUGGCAGCGCUCGCACACCAAGGGCCGCGCCUUCCCGUGCGACUGCUGCGGCAAGACCUUCGGCCGCAGCUCCAUCCUGAAGCUGCACAUGCGCACGCACACGGACGAGCGGCCGCACGCCUGCCACCUGUGCGGCCACCGCUUCCGCCAGAGCUCGCACCUGAGCAAGCACCUGCAGACGCACUCAGAGCCCGCCUUCCUGUGCGCCGAGUGCGGCCAGGGCUUCCAGCAGCGCGCCAGCCUCCUGAAGCACCUGCAGGCGCACGCCCAGGACCGAGACCCGCCCGCGGCUGGGGACCCGAGGCCACCGCCCUCGGACGCCCCGGCGGAGCCCAAGCCUGCUGCGCGGGAGCCGAGCGUGGCCCUGUGCUCGCACUGUGGCCAGACCUUCCAGCGCCGCUCCAGCCUCAAGCGCCACCUGCGCAUCCACGCCCGGGACCAGAGCCACCAGUGCGCCGAGUGCGCCAGCAGCCUGCGUGCGGCGCCCGAGCCGCGGCCCCACGUCUGCGAUGUCUGCAGCAAGGCCUUCCAGCGCGCCGAGCACCUGGUGGCCCACCGCCGCGUGCACACCGGCGAGCGGCCCUUCUCCUGCCCCACCUGCAGCCGUGGCUUCAGCCAGAGCUCGCAGCUGGCCAGCCACCUGCGCGUGCACACUGGCGAGAAGCCCUACGCGUGCUCGCAUUGCGGCAAGCGCUUCGUGCGCCGCGCGGGCCUGGCGCGCCACCUGCUGACGCACGGCGGCCAGCGGCCCCACAGCUGCGCCCAGUGCGGCAAGCACUUCAGCCAGACGCAGGACCUAGCGCGCCACCGCCGCAGCCACACCGGCGAGAAGCCCUGCUGCUGCGGCGAGUGCGGCGAGCGCUUCAGCCAGAGUGCGCACCUGGCCCGCCACCAACGCAUCCACACGGGGGAGAAGCCCCACACCUGCGACACCUGCGGCUACCGCUUCCGCAACAGCUCCAACCUGAACCGCCAUCGCCGCAGCCACACGGGCGAGCGGCCCUACAGCUGUCCGACGUGCGGCCGCAGCUUCCGCCGCAAUGCCCACCUGCAGCGGCACCUGGCCACGCACGCGGGGGCCGGGGCGGAGGAGGCGGCGGCGCCGGCGCAGGCCGACGCCCCACAGGAGUGCCUGGAGUGUGGCAAGAGCUUCAGCCGCAGCUGCAACCUGCUCCGCCACAUGCUGGUGCACAGUGCCGCCCGGCCCUUCUGUUGCCCGACCUGCAGCCGCAGCUUCAGCCGCAACUCCCACCUGCAGCGGCACCUGCGCACCCACGCCCGCGAGAUCCUGUACUAG